UCGUCCGGUGCGGCUGAAUGAACGUGUCCUUUCUUUUGUGCGCGUAAAGUGAUGGUGGGAUGAAUGAGAAAGCCCUUGUGGAUUUUAGAGCAGCGUUGACAACUUCUUGAGUUCGUGGGGAUGCUGACGGAGAGCGUGUCCGAUCCGCGUCGGGCCAACUGGCUGACCAUCAGCAUGGCCGAAGACCUCUACUGGCCGGAGGAUGGGAACGCCAGGCCUGCUUGGGAGCUGGAAGCGGAGAUUCUGCGCCUCACCACGAGAUUGAUGAUGCGGGAGAGGGAGUUAGGUCAAGCAAAGAAUCAACUGAAAAUACAGACGACCAAGGCGCAGCAACAGGCUGCUAUUUGGAGGAAAAGGAUGGAGGAUAAGGAGGAGCAAAUGAGGGUGCUCCUGAUUCAGAAGGAUGCAGAGAUGCAGAACAUCGUUUCGCAGCUUCUUCUGUUCGAGGCAGAGCUUCGGCAAGAACAGCGUCGCAUAGAAGACCUCCUGGCAGAAAAAGACGUGCAGAUAUUGUCUCAACAGAAGGAAAUUCAGCGCCUGAAGAGAGGAACCAGUCCAUCUACAGUUCGAAGAGACGAUCAAUUUCGUGAGAAAGAAUCUUGGAGCACCGAACAUUCCAUUCCAGAUUUGGUGAAUGUGGAUUGCCGUAGUGUAGAUGAUUCCAUGAUUUCUUCAUGGAAAAUGGAUCACUCGAGUAAUUCUUCUGAGAAGGAUUCUCGUAAGACACAAGAUUCGAACGCGAGUAUUAUGCACAGGCAUCGUUCUUCCUGGAAAGCUGAAGAUUCAGUUCUCGAUUCCAUCAAUGUUGACUACGAUGCCUUGGAAGAUUCCACACGUUCUUCUUGGAAAAUGGAUCACUCGAAUCAUUCUUCUGAAAAAGAAUCUGGCCAAGCACAUGAUUCGAGAAAGAACAUUAUAGACAUUAAUCGUUCUUCGUGGAAGAUUGAUAAUCAUAUCAAAGUUGACUCUCAAGACGCCGUGAGAAAGCUGAAGAAUGGACUCACAAAGAUUCGCGCCAUACAAGACGUGACUAACGUUAAAUCCUUGAGUAACACCUGUGAUAUUCUUCCAGUAGAGAAAAAGAAAGUUCCUUCCAAAGCGCCUCAAAAAAUGAAAGAUUUGAAGGCGAAAAGGAUCAACCACCAUAAAGUUCAUAGAUCAGUUAUGAGUGAGAUUAGCGGACAAGCGGUUCUGUGAUGUUUCCGAAUAGAAAAUGUUUUGUUACCGAAAUUUCUUGAUUAGCUCAUAAAUUAUGACUCGUUUGCCCUUUUUUAAGACUUAGCUUCAAAUAAAGACGAUGGAUACAUGGAACCACGAAUCAUUCACGCAUUGGAAAAUAUAUAAUAGUAUCCGCAUUUACUCAUAUUUGUGUUUUGAUAAAUGUUGGAACAGUUUCAAAAAACGAUAACAUUUUUCAUUUUCCUUCGCCUAACUUUAAUACUGGCGUGUGAUAUUAUUUAACUAUGCAAUGUCGCAAAUGCUUUUAAACUUUUUUUGCAAAGUGAAGGUUCAACAACUUGAUGUUGACGAAUUUCUGCGUUCCAUAUGAAAUUAGUUCACUAUACAGUUAGUAUUUUGCUACUUGCAGUUCCGACGCCAAAUGUUUUACUGCUUGCAUAAAACCAGCUAAUACGGAACUUGCAUUCUACUUUGUGAUAAACAAGCAUUUUCUGCAAAAAGUGCAAUUUUUAUUCCAUAAAAAAAAGUAACAGUACUGUCGAAUCUUUGUUAGCUGUUAUUAAGAUCUUGUACAUUAGUACUAAACACUCUAACAUAACUAUUACUGAGACCUACCAACAGGGUAUUGUUAAUAUGAUUUUUUAACUAAGGUCUCGAAACAUUUCCUUUCUUCAUUUGAACGAGUAUCAUCAAUUCAUUCUAAAUGUAUUUUUUAUGCUGACAUCAAAUAAAAAUAU